AUGUCUUACAACUACAGUUCUGGAAACUUCUCCUCCUGCUCUCCGGGAGCUUGCUUCGGGAACCCAGCUUCCAGCUAUGAGUCUUUGUAUCCCAGCAAUGUAGCCUACCAGAUGGGCCCUUCUCCCUACGGAGGCUGUCAGGAGAGCUUCUUUGAGGCAGCCAACUUCCAGCCGUCCUACUCUGGCACCAGAAGCUUCCCAGCAUCCUGCUUCCGCCGGAAGAAUUCCAUCCUCUACAGUCCCUGUCAAUCAAAUUGCGCUGGACCUGUUGCAUGGGGGAAUGCUGGCUAUGGAUCCUGCGGCUAUGGAAACUCUGGCUUCCAAUCUCCAGGAUUUGGGUCCAGCUUCUGCCGCCCAAGCCCAACGUUCUUUUCUUCCAGGAGUGGCCAGCCAACUUGCUACCAACCAUCCUUUGGAACUCCCUGUUUUGGAUCCACCUACUGA